UGCACUGAGACACAUGGGGGUUACUGAGCAAAGGAUCUUAAUACCCAACACACAGCAAUACACUUACACUCAAGACAGUUUGCUGCUUCUUGCCCGUCUAAUUCCACUCUAUGCCAGCAGCUACACCCUCCAGAUCUCUGCACAGCAAGGAACAAACCACUACACCACAGAUUGCAAUUUAAAAGAAAAUAAAGCAUAAUCACAUGGUAUAGAAAUUAAUAUGGAUGAUUUCAUAAAUCAGGAGUAAACCACCAAAAACUAAAGCCUUGCAGUGCAUGCAUUGAUCUGUUAUUGGUUGAUUGGCACUCGCUGACACAAGCACUGCACAGUGAUGUCAGUAAUGAAAUACUGCCAUUAAACAUUAAAAGAAGAAGAAAUCACUGUGAUCUUAUGAUUGAUCAGAGCUGCACUGUAUGAAAACAGAGUAGAGAUGGAUCUAAGAGAUGGCAUAUGUUGGUUGCUGCUUGCACUUGCUCUAUAUAAGGCCCAAUCUGUAUAUGCUACCUUAAGGAGAAUGGAUUCAGGAAGACAAGGCACUAUGUCACCAUCACCAUCACUGCACAAUGACAUACUGGAAAUCACUGAAAACAAUGAGUAUGAUAUUGUAGUGGCACACGAAGUUGACAGAGAUGGAAAUUAUAUCACACAUGAAAUUAGCCAUAGCCACAGAAGAAAAAGAUCACUACAAAAUAUUGAAACAGAUCCUUUGCAUCUCAAUCUUCAAGGACUUAUCCAGGACUUUCAUUUGGAAUUAAAAGUAUCUAAUCACCUUCUUGCACCUGGAUUUGUAAUACAAACAUUUGGAAAUGGAAGGACUAAAUCAAUUGAACCAUACUCAUCUCGAGAUUUCUGCUUUUACCAUGGGUCCAUACUCUCCCACGAAAACUCAUCUGUAGCCCUCUCUACUUGCAAUGGCCUGUCAGGCUUGAUAAGGACACAGGAAGCAGAUUAUUUCUUGAAACCACUGCCUGUGGACAUAGCACUCAAACACAAUUACUCUACUUCAAAUGGUCACCAGCCCCAUGUCUUAUACAAGAGAUCAGUUGAAAAUCAACUCUACAGAGACAAUGAGAUAACAAUAGUUGAGAGGCAGUGGGAACUGGAAAACCACAACAUGCUUCACCAGAAGAAUCCAUCUCACCUCCAGCAACAGCACAACCUGCAAAUGGACCAAAGACACAGGCGACAUGACAAACAACAUUACUGUGGAAGGCGCAAGAAAUAUACUCCUAAACCUCCCAAAGAAGACAUUUUUAUUUUGCCCGAUGAAUAUAGGAAUCAAGCACGAAGUAAGCGAUCACUAACCAAGCAUCAAAAGAACAAGCCUUUAAAUGUGGAAACUCUUGUAGUUGUUGAUAAGAAAAUGAUGGAUAACCAUGGGCACGAAAACAUCACAACCUAUGUUUUGACGAUACUCAAUAUGGUAUCAGCUUUGUUCAAAGAUGGAACUAUAGGAGGAAACAUUAACAUUGCUAUUGUGGGUCUAAUACUUCUGGAGGAUGAACAGCCUGGUCUCGUUAUCAACCACCAUGCAGACCACACAUUGAGCAGUUUCUGCCAGUGGCAAUCUGGACUGGUUGGAAAAGAUGGCAGCCGACAUGAUCAUGCUAUUUUACUCACUGGUUUGGACAUAUGUUCCUGGAAGAAUGAACCCUGUGACACUUUAGGAUUUGCUCCAAUAAGCGGCAUGUGCAGUAAAUACCGCAGCUGUACUGUUAAUGAGGAUACUGGACUGGGGCUGGCUUUUACCAUAGCUCAUGAGUCUGGUCACAACUUUGGCAUGGUCCACGACGGAGAGGGAAAUAUGUGCAAAAAGUCAGAAGGCAAUAUCAUGUCACCAACACUAGCAGGGCACAAUGGCGUUUUCUCUUGGUCUGCGUGCAGCCGCCAAUACCUAUACAAAUUUUUAAGCUCUGCUCAAGCCGUAUGUCUUGUUGAUGAUCCGAAGCCUGGGAAAGAAUAUAAAUAUCCAGAAAAGCUGCCAGGGGAGCUGUAUGAUGCCAACACUCAGUGCAAGUGGCAGUUUGGAGAGAAGGCCAAGCUCUGUAUGUUAGACUUUAAAAAGGAUAUAUGUAAAGCACUUUGGUGUCACCGAAUAGGAAGAAAAUGUGAGACAAAAUUCAUGCCAGCAGCUGAAGGCACAAUAUGUGGACAUGAUAUGUGGUGUCGAAGAGGGCAAUGUGUAAAGCAUGGUGAUGAGGGUCCAAAGCCUACUGAUGGACAGUGGUCAGACUGGUCAGCUUGGUCCUCUUGUUCCAGGACCUGUGGGGGAGGAGUCUCAUACAAAGAGCGUCAGUGUAAUAACCCACGACCAAUCCAUGGAGGAAAAUUUUGUGAAGGUUCUUCUCGGGUGUUCAAACUUUGCAAUAGCCAGAACUGUCCCAAGAACAGUAUUGACUUCCGAGCCCAACAGUGUGCAGAAUAUAACAGUAAACCUUUUAGAGGCUGGUACUACAACUGGAAACCCUACACGCGCGUGGAAGAACAGGACUACUGCAAACUAUACUGCAUAGCAGAAGGAUUUGAUUUCUUCUUUUCCUUGUCAAACAAAGUAAAAGAUGGAACACCUUGCUCUGAACACAAUCAUAAUGUCUGUAUUGAUGGGAGUUGUGAGGCAGUUGGAUGUGACCAAGUACUUGGCUCCAAUGCUGUCCAGGAUUCGUGUGGUAUAUGCAACGGUGACAACUCCACGUGCAAGAUAUAUAGAAAUCAGUACACAAAACAGCUUUAUUCUAAUCAAUACUACACAGUAGUUACUAUCCCUGCUGGAGCCCGGAGUAUUCGUGUUUCUGAAAUGAACAUCUCUACCUCUUACAUCGCGGUGCGGAACACCCAGAGAAAAUAUUACCUCAAUGGUCACUGGACUGUAGACUGGCCUGGGCAGUACAAGUUUGCAGGAUCAGUCUUUGAUUACAAAAGACCUUACAAUAAUCCCGAAAAUCUGAUUGCAGCAGGACCCACCAAUGAGACAAUAGUGGUUGAACUACUACUGCAAGGUAAAAACCCUGGAAUUUCAUGGGAAUAUGCUGUGCCCAAAUCUGAUCAUUACAUGAAGCUUGCUCCAAAGCACAAUUACACAUGGGCCAUCAUUCGAUCUGAAUGUUCAACAUCUUGUGGCGGAGGUUACAUGAACACAAAAGAAGGGUGUUACAGAGACAUGCGUGUACAAGUCAAUACUUCCUUCUGUAAUUCCAGGAAUCGACCAAUCACUGGACCUGUCCCUUGCAAUUUGCAAGCCUGUACCCCAAGUUGGUCUGUAGGAAACUGGACUGACUGCAGUCAGACAUGUGGAAUUGGAGAGCAGUUCCGCCAUAUCUUCUGUACACAAAAAAUACAUUACAAAAUGGAAACUGUGGCAAACAAAUUAUGCCCCAUGCCUGCUCCAUUCCACAGACAGAUAUGCAACACUCAAAGCUGUCCCCCAGCGUGGAGUGUGGGACCUUGGUCAGAGUGUUCUCGAACGUGUGGAAAAGGAUGGAAAAAACGAUCUGUAGUUUGCAAGAGUACAAACCCUUCACUUCGCGCUCACAUUCUCAGCGAUGCUGCCUGCACUUUAGAAUUCAAGCCCAAAACCCAGGAAACCUGCCUUAUUAAACGUUGUAACAAACCUAAGAAGCUGCAAUGGGUUGCAUCCGACUGGUCAGAGUGCUCUUCUACAUGUGGAUCAGGAGUGCAGAAAAGAACACUGAAAUGUAUAGAAAAAUAUGCAUCUGGUAAGAACAGAGAUAUUGCACAAAAAAAAUGUUCACACUUGGACAAGCCGCACAUGGAUCUGGAAAGAGUUUGUCUUCAAGUAGAGUGCCCAAGAUACCCAUUGUACCCUGUGAUCAGUCAACCAAGAGGCUCCUGGUACAGUUCUCCAUGGUCUCAGUGUACGGUGACCUGUGGGGGAGGUGUACAAGUCCGUACUGUUCAGUGUCUAAGUAAUGGAAGGCCAGCUUCUGGAUGUUACCCUCUUCAAAAGCCAGGGGUGACACAGGCUUGCAAUACAGACUUCUGUCCUCCUGAGAAAAAAGAUACUUUAUGUAAAGAUUACUUCAACUGGUGUUACCUGGUACCUCAGCAUGGAGUGUGCACUCACAAAUUUUAUGGCAAGCAGUGCUGCAGAUCUUGUUCAAAGUCUAAUGUUUAAGAACAGGCAUGUAGAAGAAAAAUAAGAGACAUUGGAUAUGACUAUUCUACUUAAGAAAGGUGCUUACAGUGUUGCUUGGCUAUGGGUUAAAAAAAUAACACCUUUUACUGAUCAUCUGAGCUGACGAGGAAGUUUAAUAAUAUUAGUUCUGAGGCAGACCAUUCAGUACUGCCAUUCAUAUCACUGUUCGAGUUAUUAAGGGAAUAAAAAUAUGUGCAUUUUAAUUUGCUAUUGAGAACUGCAAAUUGGCAUCUUGCUUAGAUGAAUCUCACAUGGAGACUUAUAUGAAAAUGGUGCAGAACAUGCUUUCUGGAUCAUCUUACUUCAUGCCUGCUAUAGUAAGGAUUCUGCUUAAGAGGCCUUUUUGUUCUACCAGUGAUUUUCCCUUCCAACAUGCCAAUAAAAGAGCACUUCCGACAGCUGGAAUCAAGCAGCCGUUAGCGUAUUUCAGCACUGCUGAUUUUAUUGCCUCCUGCUAUCCACUUGGAAUACCCAAUCAUAUGUAAAACUUAAUUCUUUGUUGUAGCACAGCUUUUUUAAGACCAUUAUCAGACUCAAAAACUGAACGUAAAAAUAGUUUUAUUCAGUCUGCUGGUUUAGUUAGGGGAGAGAACAACAAUAUUUCUAAUGGUGCUAGCAUUUUUCUCCUUACUACACUCGCAUUCUUUGUUCGUGGUUAUUCGAAGAUGUGUGCAACACAUCAGUGGCCAAUGGAUUUAUCACAUCUCUGAAUCUCAAUCAUUUAAUUACAGUUUUUUGGUAAUGCAGAGCAUAGUGGAAUCGAGGGAAGAUUUGUGUUUAUUUUAAGCUGCUUACAUUUAAACAUUUUAUUUCAGCUUUGACAUAACAAUUAAAAAUAAAAUAAAAACAUUGUUCUACAAUGACUCCUUACCAUUAGCAAUUUAUAACAUUUUGUGAUUGUUAAGGUACUACAACUUUACAAUAUAUCACAGCUUUAUUGUAUUGCCAUAUCUGCCAAUAGUGAAAUGCGUCUCAUGGAUCAAUGACAUGUAAUACAGUUCAAGCUGCACUUUGUGGUGCAGGAAAUAAACUGGAGCUACAUAACGGUGCUGCAUUGGUUCAUAUUAACCCUAGUUCUGUGGGAUUCAACUUAAAUUCCAAUCAAAAGGGUUUAUCUUGUAAAGUUUAUUUGCUAAAUAUUUAUGAAUUUGUUGUUUUUUUGUUGUUGUUUUUUUAAUAAACUUUUUUU